CACGGUCUUUCUUUCGAGAAAAUGACACGCUUCAAUUGGCACUCGCCAACCACAAUAUCAGCAGCUUUGUCUGUUGUUGCUCUACCACGCGUUUGCUCCGUUGCUACCUGAACAAACCUUUACUCUAUUUUCAAACUUGGAUUGAAAAUAUCCAUUUGACAAUUUUUCCACCUCGUCCUCAUUUGCUGGACCAGCGCAAACUACGUACUUUGAUCUUCAAAAAGACGUUUGCCAAAAACCCCCCAUCGCAACCUCGAAAGAGCGCGAUACCCUUACAGUAACCAUGUCGGAUCUCUUGGAUAGCUACUGGGCGGCGCCGCCUGUUGCUAGGAAUGUCGCGACGGCAGUAUUCAUCUCCACCAUCGGCAUGUACUUUGGUCCACUCCCGGCCGCAUGGCUAUACUGGCAGCCUGAGCACCUCAUGAUGAUCCCGCCGCAGAUAUGGCGGCUUGCGACAAACUUCCUGCUUGCAGGCCCCAAGCUCGGCAUGGUCCUUGAUCCAUACUUCCUCUUCUCUUACCUCAGACAGUUGGAGGUCGGGAGUGUCAAGUUCCCUAGGAAGGAAGAUGUGGUCUGGUACCUAGCGACAGUUUCGGGAAUCAUCCUGGUAGGUCGUGUGCACCCCAUUGCACUUUUUUUCCCCACUCCCAUCGUCCCCGUUUGCACCCAAAACUACGUCUCCGUCACCGGAGUUACCUCUUAUAUCUGCCCGGAUAGUGCAUUGCCUCUUCUGCUAUCACGGUUCCUGGAAAAGAGGGAGAUCACCCUUACAUCCUGGGCCGGUCCGUCAUUCGCAUACCUCAAAGGGCCGGUUCGGGGUAUCCUCAACACCAUCUCGGGCACGAACGCACCCUUCUGCCUCCAGGCCCUGAUCCUCUCGGUCGCCUACACGGCCACCCAGGACCAGCGCGGGCAGUCGGCCGGCUUCUUCUUCUUCACCAUCCCCGCCCAGCUGAUCCCCUACGCCAUGAUGUUCUCCACGCUGGUCAUGGACGGCCCGGACCGGCUGAAGCUCCAGGUCAUUGGCCUCUUGGCCGCCCACAUCCACGACUUCCUGUACCGCCUCUGGCCCGAGUUUGGCGGCGGCAAGAACUGGCUCGCCACCCCGGCCUUCGUGUCGCGUCUGAUCCAGACGACCGCCAGGGUCGAACAGAGGGCCUUUGGUACGGCCCAGUACGCUGCCGCCCCGGGACGCGCACCGGCGGGCAGGGCUACGGGCGCUUCGGCGGGGAGUGGCCCGCUUCCGGACUCGUGGAAGACGCGAGGCGCGGGUCACCGCUUGGGCUGAUGCGCCUUUUUGGGCGAUUGUACUGUAGCAUAGUAAAGAGGAGCGUAGGCUUAUCGAUCACCUUCAUGAUGAUGAAUACAGAACAUAUGAUUCUUGA